AAAUCCAGGCAAAUCCAGCAGCCGUGAUGCAGUGAGGAGUUCAGCUCAGGAAGGAGAACUGCACAUACUCUUUCACGUUAGUGUAAAGUGUAGAUCGUUCUGUCUGCGUCGCCCCCUCUGGCUGCUAUGGGGAACUACAGCUCUACAGAGAUUGAAGUUUUUAAAGGCAUUGUAUCAGCAGCGGGGAGCGAAACACACACACUGCAGAACCAAGCCUCAAUUAAUCAUCAUGAAGUGUGGGAUCGUCUGACUGAAACGCUGCAGGAACCCGAUCUGUUCUCCCUCAAGUUCCUCCACAACAUCACAGAGACGACCGGAGAACCUUCAGAACCUAAAACAGAUGCUCCUCCAGAACCAGAAGUCUCUCCAUCUCCAGAAGAUUCCUCUGCAUCCUCUAACUCCUCCUCCCCGACCGUCUCCUCCCUCAUUUCCGCACUCAGAUCCUCAGCUUCCUCCUUGUCACGUCCUAAACCCCAUCUCGUUGCUCACGGCCCUCCGACUUUACAGAAACUAAAUGUGGAGCUUCAAGACAUGAGAGAGGAGCUGGAGCUGCUGAAGACUCAGCACAAGAGAGAAAUUAAACUGCUAAUGAGCGAGCUAGAUGAAGAGAAGAAAAUGCGCCUUUCGCUGCAGGUCGAGGUGGAGCGUCUUAAGAGGCGCAUGUCCAAAUAAGACGUGAGCACGUCACAUUGUAAAGAUGUUUCCAUGAUAACUGUGGAAAUUAAACACACUCCCAGGAUGAAACGAUUUGGUGUUUAAGAGAAGGACACAACGUGCUUUGAGAAAAAUGGUUCUUCAUCUCCCGCGUCUUUGUGUUCCCAGAGCGUGUGGAUCCUCGGAUGACACGUGACGUGUUCCAUUCGUACUAACCUAUGAGUUCACUACCUAGUACACUAUUUACACCUGAAGUAAACACACCCCUUGGUACUGCACUCAGCGCACAUGGAUCUUACUGUAUGUGUAUAUCUUAUU